AUGUUAAGGAAGAAGGAGAAGAAAUUAAGGAUAGAGAAGAAGUUAGGGAAAGAGAAGAAGUUUGGGAUGGAGAAGAAGUUAAGGAUGGAGAAGAAAUUAAGGAAGAAGAAGUUUAGGAAGGAGAAGAAGUUAAGGAAGAAGAAGUUUUGGAUGGAGAAGAAGUUAAGGAUAAAGAAGAAAGUAUGGAUGGGGAAGAAGUUUGGGAUGGAGAAGAAGUUUGGAAUGGAGAAGAAUCUACUAAUUAAGGAAGCAGAAGAAGAAGUUCAGGAGGAUGGAGAAGAAGUUAGAGAAGGAGAAAAGGUUGAGAAUGAAGAACAAGUUAGGGAAAGGGAAGAAGUUAAGGAUGGAGAAAUAGUUUGGGAUGGGGAAGAAGGGAAGGAAGGAGAAGAGGUUAAGGAAGACGAAAAAGUUUUGGAUGGAGAAGAAGUUAAAGGUAAAGAAGAAAUCAUGGAUGGGGAAGAAGUUUGGGAUGGAGAAGAAGUUAAGGAGGGAGAAAUGAUUAUGGAUGGAGAAGAAGUUAAGGAAGGAGAAGAAAUUAGGGAUGACGAAUUGUUGGAGGCUUGGGAAAGCAUGGAUGGGGAAGAAGUUUGGGAUGAAGAAGAAGUUAAGGAGGGAGAAAUGAUUAUGGAUGGAGAAGAAAUUAGGGAUGACGAAGAAAGUAAGGAUGGAGAAGAAGUUAUGGACGGAGAAGAUGUUAAGGAAGAAGGAGAAGAAAUUAAGGAAGGAGAACAAGUUAAGGAAAGAGAAGAAGUUUGGGAUGGAGAAGAAGUUUGGGAUGGAGGAGAAGAAUCGAAGUAUGGAGAAGAAAAUAAGAAAGAAAAGUUUAGGAAUGAGAAGAAGUUAAGGAAGAAGAAAUUUUGGAUGGAGAAGAAGUUAAGGAUAAAGAAGAAAGUAUGGAUGGGAAUGAAGUUAAGGAAGCAGAAGAAGAAGUUCAGGAGGAUGGAGAAGAAGAAGUUAGGGAAGGAUAAAAAGUUAGGGAAGGAGAAGAAGUUAAGGAUGGAUAAAAUAGUUUGGGAUGGGGAAGAAGGGAAUGAAGGAGAAGAAGUUAAGGAAGAAGAAGAAGUUUUGGAUGGAGAAGAAGUUAAGGGUAAAGAAGAAAGCAUGGAUGGGGAAGAAGUUUGGGAUGGAGAAGAAGUUAAGGAUGGAGAAAUGAUUGUGGAUGGAGAAGAAGUUAAGGAAGUAGAAGAAAUUAGGGAUGACGAAGAAAGUAAGGAUGAAGAAGAAGUUAUGGACGGAGAAGAUGUUAAGGAAGAAGGAGAAGAAAUUAAGGAAGGAGAAGAAGGUAGGGAAAAAGAAGAAGUUUUGGAUGGAGAAGAAGUUAUGGAUGGAGAAGAAUUUUGGGAUGGAGGAGAAGUUUGGAAUGGAGGAGAAGAAUCGAAGUAUGGAGAAGAAAUUAAGAAAGAAGAAGUUUAG